UAGCAAUGACACCUAAAUUGGUCCUGCCACCAAUUCCUGGUGUAACUUCAUUGACUUCAGUUGAGUUAGGCCAGGAGUGUCUGAUCCAAAGAUCAUUGAGGUCAUGGACCUGAUCCACCACAGCUCAUCGAGAUCAAUAACAAAUUCGGCCCAUAGAGAUUUUUAGCCAUGAGGACAGUCUGGGAUCUCUGCAGUCUGGAGGAGAGACGGCUUACUGCGGUGUAUUUAUGAGGAAUCAAAGAUGAACUUGGAGCAGGAGAGGCCUUUUGUCUGCAGUGCCCCAGGCUGCUCACAGCGUUUUCCAACAGAGGAUCAUCUGAUGAUUCACAGGCACAAACACGAAAUGACUUUGAAGUUUCCUUCAAUAAAAACAGAUAAUAUGUUAUCAGACCAGACUCCUACACCAACCCGAUUCCUGAAGAACUGUGAGGAAGUGGGCCUCUUCAAUGAUAUUGACUGUUCCUUAGAACACGAGUUUAGAAAGGCACAAGAAGAAGAGAACAAUAAAAGGAAUAUCUCGAUGCAUAACACAGUCGGAGGAGCAAUGGCAGGACCCGGAACCCACCAGCUCACGAAUACUAGGAUGCCAAACCAUGACACCAGCGUUGUGAUUCAACAAGCCAUGCCAUCUCCACAGUCCAGCUCGGUCAUAACACAAGCACCUUCCACAAACCGACAGAUUGGGCCUGUCCCAGGUUCUCUGUCUUCACUACUACACCUACACAACCGACAAAGACAACCCAUGCCUGCCUCUAUGCCUGGCACCCUGCCCAAUCCUACCAUGCCUGGAUCUUCUGCAGUACUAAUGCCAAUGGAGCGACAAAUGUCAAUGAACUCCAGUAUCAUGGGGAUGCAAGGCCCAAAUCUCAAUAACCCGUGUGCGUCACCCCAAGUCCCUCCAAUGCAUUCAGAAGCCAAAAUGAGGUUGAAGGCAGCAUUGACUCAUCAUCCUGCAGCCAUGUCAAAUGGAAAUAUGAACACCAUGGGCCAUAUGAUGGAAAUGAUGAGCUCCCGACAGGACCAGACACCACAUCAUCAUAUGCACUCACAUCCACAUCAGCACCAGACACUGCCACCUCAUCACCCAUACCCGCAUCAGCACCAGCAUCCAGCACACCAUCCUCAUCCUCAACCCCAUCACCAGCAGAACCAUCCACACCAUCACUCCCACUCGCACCUUCACACACACCCGGCACAUCACCAGACCUCUCCACACCCACCACUGCACUCAGGUGGACAAGCACAGGUUUCACCAGCGGCACAGCAGAUGCAGCCCACUCAGACAAUACAGCCGCCUCAGCCCACUGGGGGUCGCCGGAGGAGGGUGGUGGAUGAAGACCCAGAUGAGAGGCGGCGGAAAUUUCUGGAAAGGAAUCGAGCGGCUGCCACACGCUGCAGACAGAAGAGGAAGGUCUGGGUGAUGUCACUGGAAAAGAAAGCAGAAGAACUCACCCAGACAAAUAUGCAGCUUCAGAAUGAGGUUUCCAUGUUGAAAAAUGAGGUAGCACAGCUGAAACAGCUAUUGUUAACACAUAAAGACUGUCCAAUAACAGCCAUGCAGAAAGAGUCGCAAGGAUAUAUAAGUCCUGAGAAUAGUCCUCCUGCAAGCCCCGUCCCAGCUUGCUCACAACAGCAAGUCAUCCAGCAUAAUACCAUUACAACUUCCUCUUCCGUCAGCGAUGUCGUAGGAAGCUCCACCCUCAGUCAGCUUGCCAGUCAUAGAACAGACAUGAACCCAAUUCUUUAAAACGGAUUGGUCAGAAACUGCUAUGGGAGAGUGGUAGCAUAAUCAAAUGUCCUUUGUGUUAAGGACAUUUUCAACACUAACUCAGCCCUGGAAGACUCCUCAGUCCUUGGAAGACUCUGGCUUUCAUUUUUAUAGUUAUUAAAAUAUGCCUUUUAUACUUAGUUACAAAAAGGGAGUUAUGCAAUUAAUAUGCUAUCAGCUUGGGAAAUGCUUUGGUGCUUUCUCCAAUUUUUUGGUACCAGUUACUUGUUUAUAAAUGGAAAUGUUUCUGUACAUAGUUGUGUUUCCUUCUUACCAAUCUAGCCCGAGGCCUCAGAAUCAUGGAGUUUUGUUAAACGGCAGCUUGUUAGCCAAAGUCAUACAUAGGUAACUAGGAAUAAUUAGGCUAUAUAGAUAUUCAGGGAGUCUGGUGAUAGCACAUGAGAAAGUGAGUUAGCUUUGCAAUAUCAUCAGAACCCCACUAUGUAUUCAGAACCUCUUUCAGAGAAAAGAAUGGUUUUAUAAUACAUGGAUAUCAGAACAAAUUCAAACCCAGGUAAUAUGCCCUUUUGUCUUGCUUUUCUCUUUCAUUUCCCUGUUGUCCCUCUUCUAUUUAAGCUCUCUCUUUUGUCCUUCAAUUGUCCUUGCAUCUUCCCUCUCUAAACUUCGUGGCUCUUUCUCCUUCAAGCUCCCCCCCUGUCUUCGCAUUCCAAGUCUCCCUUCUCCUUUUUUCUUCUGAGAAUACUAAUGAAGAAGAAAAGACUUCAUACCCAACCUAUAUUCCCCUCCCCCUUCCCUGUGGGAAAAAAAACUGUUGGCAUGGUCACUGCUUUCAAUAGCCCUUCACCCACAGCUGGGCUGCACUGAACUUUUGCUUUUUAAAAAAGAAAUAUGCAGGAGUUUAAUGCUCCUGAUUUAGUGUUUUAAUAAACAGUGAAAGUAGUUUAGCCACAGGUGAUGCACGAUUGAAAGCCAGCUGUGCUGGUGCUAGGGGGAAGGAGCCUUGCACGCUUCUGUUGUAAAUGUCCAUGGCAGAGUACAAGGAUAGCAAAUCACACCUGUUUAUUACAACUGGUUUUUUACACUGCCAAUUGUUAAUGUAGAAAAGCCAUGUAGUAUAUAAUAAUUCAGAAAGGUUCUACUCACUAAACCAGUGACAUUGUUUCAUCAUCAGCUGCUAAUAGCCUAAGAUUAAUAUUUCAUUUAUAGCCCAUUAAAUCAGUUUGACCAGUGAGGAAUAGGUUAUUGUUAACUACCAGGAAAAGACCAGUUCUUCACAGCUGAUCUUUUAAACAUAUGUGGGACGGAUCCUUAGCUGGCAUAGAUCAGUGUAGCUCCAUUCAUGUAAAUGAUGCUAUUAUGCUAAUUUAACUAGCUGAGGAUCAAUCCCAGGAUGACAUUAAAGCACUUUUUAGCUGCUGUAUGCUACAAGAAUGUUGUAAAGUCUGCUAUAUGCUGUGGGUGAAAUUUACCCUGUGCAGAAGGUCAGCACUUCUUACAUCCUAAUUAAGCCCAAUUUUGAAUGCUUAGGCCUUGUAGGCCUUGUACUGGCCCUCUGCACAGAGGUGACUUUCACCCUGAGAUAGUACCAGUCACAUAUGGGAAAUCAAACAUUAAGAGCACAGUAGAUAACAGCCAGUUAGUUAUAUUAUUUUUCAGUAUGUUUGGACCUGAUUCUGCUCCCACUGAAAUCAGUGGCAAAAAUCCCAUUGACUUCAAUGGGAGCAGGACCAGGCUCUUACUCUUUUGUGAUAAAUGUUCGUGACUGCAUUUUUUAAAAAACAAAUGCUAAUUAACAUUACUCCUGGCAAAUACUCUACUGAUAAACACUCUUCAUUCUCAAGCUGAGUUGUUUUCCUCAAAGGUCAUUUAAUUGUUUUUAGAGGAAUAAUAGUUUUUUAAAGGGUGGUUUUUAUUUAAAGAAACAACAACCAAACAAAUGAAGGCCUUUCCCCUCCACCCCCCACGAAGCACUGUAGUGAUUAGAGCCCAUUUUGGAAGGGAAAGCAAUCUCUAAGGAUCAUGAAUCAUCAUUUCUGAAUUCGUUUUUAUCUUGGUAACUCAGUUAACUUUUUAUCAGUAUUCUUAAACAACUCUCUUUCCAUUUAUGCAAAUAUUUUUGGAAGAAGAAUUUUGAGUGUACAGUAUAGAUCAUGACUUGAUUAUAUAGUCUAAGAACCAAAACAAUUAAGAAAAAAACAAAUAUAAAGGAUUUUCUAUUAUAUUUUAGCAAACAUAUACUUUUAAAAUGUUUUAAAUAUUGAAUCUGUAAUUCAUUUUUAAAGUCCAAUUGUAAUAGCUGAAUGGUUUUGCUUCCUCAUAGCUACUAAGGAAACUUUUGUUCAAAUAUACACCUUUAAACAUAAAGUUCCAGUUGAAGCUCCAUUAUAAAAAACAGCAGGUAUUAUCGGUCCAAAUUUCAUGCCUCACCAUCAAUCCCUGUCCCCAAAAAUGCCAUCAUAGUGUUAAUUUAGUUUUAACUUUUUUUUUUUUUUUGCAUGGAUAGCACUUAAAUACAUUAUAAAAGAACGGUUGAUAAUAUUAGAAACACAAAUGAGCUACACUGCACUAGAAUUCGGAUUUGGUUUUACUUUUGUUCAGACUCAGCUGAAAUAUUUAGCUGUUAAACUGAAAGCCUCUACAGUAAAAAAAAAAAAAAAAAAAAAUCUUGGCUGAGUUUUGUUAAAUCCAGCAACUUGACAGUUUGACUGAUGUGUAUUAUAUAUAGCUCAAUUAUGUCUUUUUUUAAUGCUAACUAGGCAAGCCAACCAUGCAUUUGCCUAAAUGUGUAAUUAUAAUUAACUGUCUCCUCGCUAUACUAUUGGCCUAUAGGUAUAAUUGUUAUUAGUGAUGUGGAAAUAAGUAAAGGAUGAAAGCUAUUUGCUAUUGCUUCUUGUAACUCUAAGUGCAAGAUUCACAGGCCAAAACAACAUGCAGCAUAUUGAUAUUAGGUAUAUCAGUAAAAGGACCAACCAUACCACUUACCUUUCAUUGCUCAACAAAUGAGCUUCCAUCAUGCUUAAAAUAUACUUGCUUUUUGGAGGACUGACCCUGCGGCCUUUAUUUAGGCAAGUAGUCCUUACAAGUCAUCUCACUGGAGACUCUGAUGUGGAAGGGCUGCAGGAACAGGGCCUAUGUCUUCUCCAGACAACAUCUCCUGUUCGUUUUUAAGUUCUGGUAUUCUAAAUCCAUUUUCUGUGCUGUUUCAUUUAAGGAUAAAUUCUAGUUUUCCCUGGGCUACUACUGGAGACUAUGUGUCACACCUGCCUUUCUUCAACCUAUUGCAGCUGUCAUCAAAGUCACUGCCAGUGAGCUAUCAGAACGGCUCCCCAGCCUUAUUUCAUGGGAGUUAACAGUACAGAUGGAUUAUCCUGGCCACGUUUCUCAUUCAAAAUGAAGCAUCCACAUGUUAAACAUUUCUAUGUUCAGCAUCACUCACUGUGUGACAUUGAAAAAGAGUAUGUUGGAAAGCCCAGCCAUGGAUGAAUGCAAUACUUUCCCCAAAGUGCUGUGUUGUGAUUCAAACAUUUCGUCCCCCUGAGUUAAUUUAUGCAAGCCAUAUUCAUAACACUGCCUGUGGGAGACAAGUAGUUUGUGUGCUAUCAUGUUGUGUUUCUAGGACAAUGAUGAUGAGGAGGAUGUAGAGAAUUUCUUGCUGUUUGGAGUUAAUUCAUGCAGUAUAACUAAAUGUAUGCAGCCCAUGUUCUGAAUAGUGGAAAGUCAAUGGUUCAAUUUCAGGUGCUUACUUGCCUCAAUAUAUAUGGAUUUUAGCAUGUUAACUGAUCUUGUCCUGUUAACUAACAAAACCAGCUGUAACUGUUGUCAAAAACCUGUCUUUUGGGGGAUUUGUAUUUUUUUAAGCAACAAUAUUAAGUGUUUAAAACAGCCUUUUAGUUAGCAUAGAGUGUGCUUUUUAGCAGCUAACAACACAUUUUUUAAAAAAAAAGUAUAUAGUGAAUUUAUGAAAAUUCAUGAGGACCAAAGCAAAAUUUAAACAGGAAUCUAUUAAUGUAGUAUUCACAUAGAAUUUUAUAAAGUAUUUAUUAAUAAAUGUUAUUUUAACACAUUCCAUUUGAACAGUAUUCUUGUAUGGAAUCUGGUUUUUUUUAAAGUUACAAUAUUAGUUUUGCAAUAAACUACUCUAGGUGAAUGUGUAUCGUAAUCUUUUAGGGUCUCGAGCGGAAGUCAUCCAUCUAAGAUGGAAAGGUUUGCUGAGGUCUAUUGUACAGAAAUUCCUAGGAUUAAUUGUUUUCUUUAAAGCAGCAUCUGCUUUUUGUAACAACAAAAGUUAUGAACUUACACUUGUUUCCUCUUUUUUUGAAAAUGCUGUUCUCUCAUUUUAGAAAGCACAGGUAAGCUAAAGGGAAAUAAUACAUAAAACUGGAAAGCCUGUCUUUACUAGGAUGAUUAUAUAUCACCAAUGGAGAUCUAAUGCCAUUCUUGCUUCUUUUCUAAUAUUACAUAGUGAGUUGCACUAUACUGCCUUACCAUUGCCCCUUCUGGCUUUUACUAAGCAGUGUUGAGUAGCUUAGUUUAGACCAUUGAAGCUUCAUUAUAUAUCAGAUAAAAUGAUUGGAGGGGGAAGAAAAACUAUUUUAAUUUGUAUAAAUAAAAACUAAACAGUGCCUAUAAAACAAAACCAGUUACGACUAAUUCAUAUCUCAGUUCUACAUUUCAGUUAUUUAUAUUAUUUUACAAUUGCACUUUAGCUCUCGCUCUCUUUCUCGCUCUCCCUUAUUGAAUCAUUUAAACAUUUGCACCAGAUACAUUUAUAUGCUUUCCCUGUUGGCAUAUCUACCGUUUGUCUGUCAGACCCGCCCAAAUGGAGGACGGCUAAGAGAAGCUGAGUGCAGCCAAUCUGCAACAUGACUUAGACUUUACACCUUCUUCAUGAUGGUAUAUAAAUGUUUUAUUAUGCAAAGUACGUGAGGCAGCAUCAAAGGUAUAUUUACUUAUAGUUUAUCUCAUCCUGAGAACCAAAGUGUCCUGUAUACUGUAUGGCAGGAGACUGGCUCUUUUGUGCAUUAUACUGCCCUUUGACUGUUGUCCAGCCCACGGUAGCUAUUGAUCUGCAGCGACAACAAUGGCCAUACAAUGUGCUUGAAUUUUAAGUCCAUAAAAUAUAAUGUUGCCUCGUAACUUAAUAGGGGACAGCACCUUUAAAAUAAAAAAAGACUAAAACCUAAGAACAAACAAAAGGAAUAAAAAUCUCCUGUGGAAAAAAGCUCAUUCAUCUGAAGUAGUCACCAAAGAUGAUAAAGUUUGUGUUCACGUGUGACCCCUUCCUACUGCUUGUGGUUAUCUGGUUUUUAUCACUGGCUUUAUGCUUGGAGCUAAAUUGCUUUCCAGGGCUUGUUUUCUCUUCUGUAAGUCUUCCAUACCUUUCAAAACUACUUUUCAGCAAACUUUAAAGACAAUGUAAGGCUGAAAUGUCAGUGUGGGCUAAAAGAUUAAUUCUCUGCAUGGGAAGUCUAUCCCUUUCCAAGGUUUUCCUUGGCUAGGAAUCAAUAAUUAUGAUCAGUUAUAGUUAGACCAGUGUGUAAUAUCUGGUAUACAGGAUCUGUAGGCCCAGUCUUAAUGCAAGCUAAACAUUGUUUAUGUUAAGUUUUAUGAUGCAGAACCAUUUCAAAACCUUUGUAUUAUUUUAUAAUGUAGCGUUGGCCUUUUGUCACAUCUCUAAACAAAAUAUUAUCCUCUGAGUCUGCUUCACACAUUGAAAAUUGUAGCUUUCCAGCGAUUGCAAGAAAAAUAACAAGAGGAGGGGAAAACCAGUGUUGAUAGUAAAGGGAAAUUUUGAGGGGAAAUGGAUUUUCCAUCCCUCUCUCCCUGGAGCCUGCUAAAAGAUCCCUGGCAGUGACAACUUUUACCACGGCUCAGAAAGAUACUUCUGAAAGGCAAACCAUUUCUGCAGCCCUUCCUCGGGCAAAACUCAAUGAUGUUGAUUGCCUGAGUAAGGACUUCAGGAUUGGGACCCAGGUACUUCCCAAUCCAUAUUCAUGGGCUUCCCCUCCAUAUAUUGCUCAAUUUAAACACUGAUCAGUUGUUUCUUUUAAAUAUAGUUACUAUACAAGAACAUUGAUUUUUAAAGAAACUUUUAGCACUGCUUGGAGUAAGCCUAAACUAUGGAAGUCUAUAGGUAUAUAUUAAAAAAAAAAAAAAAAAGGUGCUGUCACUUUAAGUUUUGGGCUUGAGGUUGUUUGUAUUGUACUAAAGGUUUUGUGUUUGUCUGUUUGUUUUAUUCUGUAAAGUAACCACCUUCCUCACUGGAAGGAGAGAAUUUUUUUUUUUUUUUUUUUUUUGGUACAUAAGUGUAAAUACAUGCUGCGGCAUUUAAUAUGUUUAAUUUUAUGUUACGCUUUUUGUUGCGUCCUGAACACAUUUAUUGUUACAAAUGGACAAUGCGUUCAUUGAAACUGUUCAACUAGUUCAGAUUUUUACAUCUCUUUCUAGCUAGAAGAGACAAGAUUUUGUGCAUUUGUACAAAUGUUAAUAUCACUGCAAUUCCAAUAUAAUAAAGCACUCAAAUGCAAAUAC